GUUUCAGUCACACACUGAACAGCAGCAGCACAUGCGUGUGUGUGUGUGUGUGUGUGUGUGUGUGUGUGUCAGUGACCCUCUGUCUUUCUCCUGUAGUUUACAUUCAUCCGUUCUGAAGCACAAGAUCAAGCUGGAAUAUUUUGAGGAGAACUGUUGAUCUUCACGACCAAACGAUGUCGUGGAGCUCGGAGUACAGAAGCUCAAAGUUCCGGCAUGUUUACGGAAAAGCUGGAAGCAGAGAGCAGUGUUACGAGGGAAUUCCCAUCACGCACAGCGUCCACGAUAACCACUUCUGUGCGGUUAACCCGAAAUUCCUGGCCGUGGUCACUGAGAGCGCAGGAGGAGGAGCUUUUAUCGUUAUCCCACUUCACAAGCCGGGCCGAGUGGACCCUCAUUACCCCAGAGUGUGUGGUCAUCAGGGCAGUGUGAUGGACAUCAAGUGGAGCCCCUUCAUGGACAACAUCAUCGCCUCCAGCUCUGAGGACUGCACGGUGAGGAUCUGGCAGAUUCCUGACGGUGGUUUGAGGCGGAGCUUAACUGAAGCUCUGAUGAUUCUAAUUGGCCACAGCAAGAGGGUGGGGCUUAUUGAGUGGCAUCCCACCUGCAGCGGCAUCCUGUUCAGCGCCGGAUAUGACUGUAAGAUCUUGAUGUGGAAUCUGGAGGAGGGCGUGGCCGUGAAGAUGAUUGACAGCCAUCCAGACGUGGUGCUCUGCAUGUCCUUCAACACUGACGGGAGUUUACUGGCCACCAGCUGUAAAGACAAAAAACUGCGCAUUAUUGAUCCACGGUCGGGGAAAGUGCUUCAGGAGUCGUGCUGUAAGAGUCUGCGCGUGAACCGUGUGGUGUUUCUGGGUAAUCUGAGGCGCGUUUUCACCACCGGCGUCUCCAGGUGGAACAGCAGACAGAUUGCAUUGUGGGAUCAGGAGGAUCUGAGCUGUCCAGUGCUAGAGGAGGAGAUCGAUGGUCUCGCCGGAGCCCUGUUCCCCUACUACGAUCCAGACACACACAUGCUCUACCUUGCUGGAAAGGGUGAUGGAAAUAUCCGCUAUUAUGAGGUGAGUGCUGAGAAACCCUUCCUGCAGUUCCUGAUGGAGUUCAGAUCUGCGGCUCCUCAGAAGAGUUUGGGUGUGAUGCCCAAGCGUGGUGUUGAUGUGAGCGAGUGUGAGAUCUUCAGGUUUUAUAAGCUGGUGACGCUCAGAGGUUUGGUGGAGCCCGUCUCCAUGAUCGUCCCGCGCAGAUCUGAGACGUAUCAGGAGGAUAUUUUCCCCAUGACGUCGGGCACAGAAUCUGCUCUGUCGGCUGCUGAUUGGCUCAGUGGGAUCGACAGAGGGCCGGUGCUCAUUUCUCUUAAAGAAGCGUACAAACGGCCAAAUCCAGUCGGUCUGAGAGCGUCCAGACGAGACAGGCGGAUGAUGAAGGGCAUCGAUUUACUGGAGAACAUCUCGACAAACACAGACAAAGAGUCUCCUGUGUGUUUUCCUGCUCAGCUGCUGAAGCAAGUCUACAGACAACAGGAGGAGCUGAGGAAACUCCGAGAGGAGCUCCGAGAAAAAGAGGAGAGAAUCCAAACGCUGGAGCUGGAGCUCAACAACCUGAGAAACACACGCACACACACUGACUGACUCAAUCAUGCUCUAUUUAGCGUUUAACAUCUGUAAUGCAGAUGGAUGUACAUUUGUGGAUCCACAAAAUUAAUUUAAAAAGGAGUUAUGAAACCUCUGUGGAGAUUUGUUCAUGAUGACAUUUGAUGAUGUUUAUAAUUGAUUAUAAUAUUGGUAUGAAUGUUGAAUUGUCAUAUUUGGUUGAGCUGUUCCUUGAGUAUACAAAUGUGCAGAUGAAAUCUUGUUCAGUAAUAACAGAUCUGCUUUCUCUUUGGAGGAGCUGUAUGAAGCUGUUCAUGUUGUUGGCCAGCAGGAGGCGCUACAGGAGAGCAAAAAACACUCGAUAUACUCUAGCUAUACAGGAGUUGUUUGUACUCGGUGACUGUGUUCGUCUUUAAUACUGACAUGUGUAGAUAAACACUACCUGACAAAAAUCGUAUCGCCUAUCCAAGUUUUAGGAACAGCAAAUAAUAACUGGACUUCUAGUUGAUCAUUUAGUAUCAGAAGUGUCUUAUAUAAAAGGCAAAGUCCUCUAGAUUACACUUAUUUGAGCACAAUAAAAUCUGAUCAUGCCUUGAUUAUUAAUGAUUUGAUUAGGACAGUAAGGUCUGACUCUGCUUAGACUAAAGUCUGGUCACUGAACCUUCAAUAAUGUCCAGUAUAGAAUAUGUGCUCAUGCUGCAGUGGAAACAGAAUGAAUAUUGUGUCUGACUCCAUCAUGAGCUUGGAGGACUGCAUCCAUACAUCUCUGCAAUGACUCAAAUCACUGAUUAAUAAAGUCAUCUGGAAUGGUGAAGAAAGCCUUCUUGCAGGACUCCCAGAGUUCAUCAAGACUCUUUGUGUUCAUCUUCAACAUCUCCUCCUCCAUCUUACCCCAGACAUGCUCAAUAAUGUUCAUGUCUGGUGAAUGGGCUGGCCAAUCCUGGAGCAUCUUGACCUUCUCUGCUUUCAGGAGCUUUGAUGUGGAGGCUGAAGUAUGAGGAGGAGCGCUAUCCUGCUGGAGAAUUCACCCUCUCCUGUGGUUUGUAAUGUAAUGGGCAGCACAAAUGUCUUGAUACCUCAGGCUGUUGAUGUUGAUCAUCCACUCUGCAGAUCUCUCGCACGCCCCAAUACUGAAUAUAACCCCAAACCAUGAUUUCUCCUUCACCAAACCUGACUGAUUUCUAUGAGAAUUUUGGCUCCAUGCAGGUUCCAGUAGGUCUUCUGCAGUAUCUGUGAUGAUUGGGAUGCAGACCAACAGAUGAUUCAGCAGGAAAAUCCACCUUCUGACACUUUUACACAUGAUCAACUAGAAGACAAGUUAUUAAAACUGAGACCCACGACAAGACUUUUGUCAGGUAGUGUAUAUACACAUAACUUAUUCUACAUCAUUAAGCCAAUAGGCAUCACCCACCUACUACCUUAGUAACUAUUUAUAAGCAGCUAAUUAUAAGUAAUUUAUUAUAAAUAUAAAGUAGUUUAUUGAGCUUAUAGUCUAAGUUAAGGGUUUGUUA